CAGAAAUUAAUUUCAACUGAAAAUCGAGGUUUAAAAGUAUGUGGUAAAUCAAAACGAUUUUACAUGCGAGAGUUAUCAUCUUCCAAUGAAACACAGAAGACGGGUCCCAAUGAAUCUCGAGGAGUUCUUAAAUACGUCAAGAAAACAAAAAACGAGAUUAGACGAAUUGCCACAUCAAAUAAACAGUUUAGCAUGUUGAAAAAUAAACCACCAAAGCAAGGAAUAGCAAUUGACACGACUGAGGAUAGACCAUGUUGUUGCGAAAUUAAAAAUUCUGCAGAUGUGUUAAAAGCUGAAAUUGACAAACCUAUUGAUCCGCACCCUACGAAUGUUAUACCCAAACCUCGUUUUCUCAAAGAUAAACACUCUGGCUGGCUUCGUUCUCUAAGCAAGCGUAGGGGAUCAACUAUUACGUCCGUUGCCGCUUGUCAAAUACAUUCUCAGUUCAGUAACGAACAACCUACAACUCAAACACCUUGUCCUAUUCAUGGUUAUUCCCAAUACCCACAAUAUUCACAAUCCGCACAAUAUCCACAAAACGCACAAUAUCCACAAAACGCACAAUAUCCAGACAAUUACGUUGAUCCUUGUGCAAAUGUUACUUGUGAAUGUCAUGACGAUCCGAAGAAACCACCUAAAUCAACCAAAACAAAACAAAAAACACAAUCAAUACAACCACGCCUAUCACACCUACCAACACAAUUACCCCAACCACACCAAUCGACUCAUUCACACCGAUCAUUCCAACCAUACCAAUCACAACUACCUCAAUCAUUUCAGCCACAGCAAUUAACGCAACCGCGCCAAUCAGCACAACCAUACCAAUCGCCCCAACCAUACCAAUUAACGCAACCAUACCAACCAACCCAAUCAACUCAUUCACACCAACCACACCGACCACACCACGCACACCAACCACACCAAUCAGCACAACCACGACAAUCAGCCCAACCACGACAAUCAAUGCAACCACGCCAAUCAACACAACCAUACCAAUCAACACAACCAUACCAAUCAACACAACCAUACCAAUCAACACAACCAUACCAGUCGUCCCAUCCAUACCAAUCAAACCAACCCUACCAAUCAACCCAACCAGGUCAACCAUACCAACCCUAUCAACCAUGUCAACCCUGUCCUUCAUCCCAACCCAAUCAAUCAUACCAACCAUGCCCAUCAAGCCAUUCAUACCCAACAACCAAUCCAUACCAACAAGCCCAGCCGUACCAAUCAACUCAACCGUACCAACCUGGGCAAUACCAACCGUCCAACCAAGCUCAACCAUACCAACCUCACCAACAAUACAAACCAUACAUGCGGGCAAGCAAAUCACAACAACCAACCGGAACAAACCGACCGUAUUACACCCCAGAACAUGAUUACAUUGACGGCCCGGAGCAUCGACGUCGAGCAAGUAAAGUAAGGAUAUCAGUGGGACACGACGAAAUGGGCAUAAACGAAAUUGGCAGUAGACCUAUUGUUAAACACAAAAAGAUCAUUAGCAAUUCGAAGCGUAGUCCUGAAGUGGAAUGUGGCUGCUAUGAUGAAAUUCCACUUGCUGAAGGCCAAUGGUGGAGAACUUUCAAGUGGCCAAAGAAUCCGUCAAGCUCGAGAAUUUGGCGUAGAAGCCAUAAAACCGAAAGUGGAGCUGCAGCUGAUAAUGAUGUUAUUUGUUUAUGCGACACAGAUGGCGAAUAUUCAAAAACAAGUCCAAAUGGCGAAGUGAUUUGCGAAUGCAAUGAAGUAGAAGACAACUGUUCAACAUUUCAAAGUACUGAGGAUUCGGAAAUCGAUACAUGCCUUGCCAAGGAUAAACGGCAAUCAAUAUUUUGUGAUCCCCUAAAAAACACACAACAGAACAAAAUGGCACAGCUACCGCCGCAGCCCUACCCUGCCACGGGUAAACGGCAAUCAAUACUGUUCGAUCCUCAAAAAAACACGCAACAGAAUAAAAUGGCACAACUACCGCCGCAGCCGUACCCUGGCACGGGUAAACUGCAAUCAAUACUUUUCGAUCCUCAAAAAAACACGCAACAGAAUAAAAUGGCACAACUACCGCCGCAGACGGGCCCUGCCACGAAUAAACUGCAAUCAGUAGUGUUUGAUCCCCAAAAUAUCACGCAACAAAACAAAUUGGCACAACUACCACCGCAAGUGCCGCUAACUCAACCGCAAGUGCCGCUAACUCAACCGCAAGUGCCGCUAACUCAACAGCAAGUGCCGCUAACUCAACCGCAAAUAUUGUCGCAAGUUCCGGUACAAGUACUGCUGGAAAUACCACCUAAAUCAGUAAGACAAAAUCCAAUAGUGAAGCUUGAUUGUGGAUGGAUCGAUUAUAAAAAUUUGAUGAAAAUGAGAUCAGAUCUCUCUAUUGAAACAUCAGGCUUUAAGGCAUGUAAAAGAAAACCUAAACCACCACCAAUAGAUAGAUCAGUUGAAUUAAACUUUGAAGAAGCAGUCAUGUACUACACGACUAAGAAUCCGCAUCUAUUCCGUGAUUUGGUGCAGCAGAGCUUACAAAAUCCAAUUGACACUGAUGGUAAAAUAAAAAAACAACAUGAAGUAAAAAAAGAAUUGUCUACGGCAAGGAAAAUAUUUAAUAAAUUCAAACCAAAAGUGAAGCAAGAGGAACCAGUACCACCGCAAGAAGAAUAUGAGGAGUUGUGCGAAUGCUCUUACGGUUGCAUUCCUCCACCUAUAGGAUACAUACCUGUGGCUGCUUUAUCUCGGAAACAGCGCGAUAAAUUGUAUCCAAAAGGCUUAAAACUUCACCUUGGUGGUAAAGGCUCUCUUUCACGAGGGCUCGCUGAUAUCUGGCCUUAA